CUCGCCACACACCGGCAUUCCUAGUUCAAACCCACGAAUUCACGCUGAUAAACCACCCAGAAAUGCCAAGCCCACCUCCAUCCACACCCUACCUCUCCUUCCUCUUACUUCUCUUCAGCUCAUCUCUCAUCCGAGCCUCUCAUGGAGGCUUGAUUGGCAUUUACUGGGGCCGAAACGGCCAUGAAGAGAACCUCACCAGUACAUGUGCCACUCACAAAUUCGCCUACGUAAACCUUGCAUUCCUCUAUAAGUUUGGCGGUGGCCAGACCCCGCAACUCAACAUCGAAGGCCACUGCGACCCCACCUCGCGUCGCUGCACUAGCAUAAGCAGCGGCAUUCAGAGCUGCCAGGACCAGGGCAUCAAGGUGAUGCUCUCCAUUGGCGGCGACAACAAUGGGAACUACUCGUUGGAAUCUCAAGCCGAUGCUAGGAACGUAGCAGACUAUCUGUGGAACAAUUUCUUGGGUGGCACAUCAAGUGCUCGUCCUCUAGGAGAUGCAGUCUUGGACGGUAUCGACUUCUAUAUCCAACUUGGGUCUACUCAUUAUUAUGAUGAUCUUGCUCGUUAUUUAUCAGACUAUAGCGCGCAAGGAAAAAAGGUGUACUUGACGGCAGCUCCUCAGUGCCCUUAUCCCGAUAAUCAUUUGGAGGCUGCGCUUGACACGGGGCAUUUCGACUACGUCUGGGUACGGUUUUACGAUAACCCUUCAUGUGAAUACAGCUCGGGGGAUAUUAGCAAGCUCACUAGUUCUUGGAGCGAAUGGGUUGCUUCCAUAAAUGCCGAGAAGAUGUUCUUGGGCCUGCUGGCGUCGUCGGAUGCAGGAAGUGGGUAUGUUCCGCCGGACGUGUUGAUUUCUCAGAUACUACCUGUCAUAAAUAAGUCAGAAAACUACGGAGGCGUAAUGCUGUGGUCAAAGUACUAUGAUGAACAGAAUGACUACAGUGACGCAAUUAUCUGUUGUGUAUGAGCUGGAUCUCCACGAAAAAGAGGGCCCCAGUCUCAUCUAUAGAAUUAAAUAAAGCUGUUGGCAAGCGGUAUGUCCAACACAAAAAGGCUUGGGCCAAUAUGUAAUGUGGGACCAUAAAACUCUGAGAAAAGUUUAGUGUUUAUGAACUUUAUCUUCCAGGACAAUCUCUAUUGAACCACUUAUCUCUUCCUCAAUUUGUUCUCUCUUUCCUGCAUAUUAGGUUUAAAAGCGGCCUCAACUAGCUCGGUAAAACCCAGCACCUCAUUAGCCAGCUUGGGCAAUCCUGGAGGCUGAUGGAGGCAGCAACCCGCUCCCAUUGCCAAUGUUUGACAAAAUUUCCCAAUAAAUCUAUCUCUAAGUGGCCGAAAUUAUCCAAAUUCCUUGUCAUAACCUCAUAUUUUCCAUUGUUAACCAGAUCAAGCAACACAGAACAGCUAUACUGUAAUCUCAAUACCAAUAACAAAACUACUCACACCACAGAUUUACCACCACCAUCGUAACAAAUACCUGAGUCAUUGACAAUACUUCCCUCCCUUUUACGAACGGAAGUAAGCACUAAUCAUGUGAGAGGUUUUUUACAUGAAUUCACAAGAUCCCAAAGACGGGCUCCAAUCUAAUGUUUCCUUUUGUUACUUGCAAAAACUGUCAUCCUGUCCUCUUUUUCUCCUAUAUCUCUCCAACAUGCUUACGACCUGUUCUCUACCUCCAUAUUUUUAUCAAAAAGGCAAGAAGAACUAAACACAGGCAUAGUUUGCCUCCUUUCUUUGACCUCUAGUGUCCACCGUUUGCCUAUUUUUCUUUGCUUCUCGCUUGUUUUCCACCACUGUGAGGUAUGUACGUGGAUAAAUUUCACUGUCAUGUUUUGAGACUCUUCAGAGAGUCCAGUGUACGGAGGAAAGCGUGUUUUCAUAGACCAGCAAAAGUGAAACUUUUGUUACCCAACUAACUCAUUUGUAUAGCACUACCAAUGGUAAUCGAGGAUUAUUUUCAUUUCC